CAUUGCUUUAACACAGGCUUCUGUGAGGUAACAAGAAUCAACAUGGAACAUCUAUUGUACUGGUUCUAUGCCGUAGCACAAAAUAUACUCAAAAUCUCUUAUUGUAAAGCUGCAGUCUUUUUUUCCUUUUUUUAAGGAUUGUAAAUAUAUGCUUCAUUUACCUUAGAGUUCGUUUCCUUUUUAUGCUUCUUUGCGUGCUUGAGAUAAUUAAAGUAUGCUAUUGAUAACAACUUUACUUGUCCACUUAACUAUAACUUUUUAAAAGAUGAAGAUGGACAUAACUUUUCUCUUUCAAUCAAAGGCUUAUUCAGAAGUAAUAUGAAAGGGCCAACUUGAUAGGAGAUGCUCACUGGUGUGAAGAUAAUGUUUUAUUUGCGAUCCAUGCUCUUUUUCCUUUCUACGGGGUGUUUUCCUGGAUAACAAAUUACUUUGUCAAUAGGAAAUUCUUCUAUUUUUUUUAGCUCUGCUUUUCAGUUGAAGACAAAUGGGUAAGGAAGUUGCAAAAGUGGUAGCUUCUUUUAGACAAUUAGAAUCUCGUUGGCCGCCUAAGAACAAUUCGGAUCAAGUAGCUUAUUCUAGCAAACCUUCUGUGAUUCGAGAGUUUAAAGAAGACAUUAGCGGCAUAAAAGGGAAUGAAAAUUCCCACCUGGUACAAGAUGAUACAACAGUGACUACUGAUAAAAAAUCAGAAUCUCUUUGCUCACCCAAGAGUAACUCUAAUCAAGUGAAUUGUUGCCAACCCUCUGCAACUCUAGUGUCAAAUGAAGCUACUAAUGGCAUAAAAUACCAUGAAAAAUCCAAUCAAGGACAAGAAUUGCCGAGUAAGCAAGUUGCUGAAGUGGUUACUGAUAAAAGUCCAGAAUCAAAUUGUGCACCCAAGAAUAACUCCAAUCAAGAUUCUAGCCAACUUCAAUCUCUUUGUGCACCCAAGGGUAAUUCCAAUCAAGAUUCCAGCCAACUUCAUGAAACUCCAGGGUCAAAAAAUGCUAUCUGUGAUAUGAGAGAUAAUGAAACUUCUCUUCAAGAACAAGAAGUGCCUGACAUUAGAAAUAUAAGUUUUGAUCAGGUGGGAUCAGCGAAUAAGCAUGCCGCUCAGAAAUUAAAUCAGAAGGUAGCUGCAUCAAAGUCAGAUAAUGUUGGAAAAGCACAAUCUCACUGCCUUGUUCCUCAUCCCUGCACUCUUGCAAUUGUAAAGCAUCAUGCUUCUGUUGCUGAAGCAAGUGGAAGCUUAAACAAACCUGUGAAAGCACAUAAUUCACACUUGGCAAGCAUUAGUAAUUCAUCUCUUACACAUGGGAAAGCUUUGCAACCUGAUAAGAAAAUGCAUCACCAUAACACUGACGAUUCUUGCUCUGUUGCUUCUUCUGCAGCUUCUUUCAGAUCAUUGAAAGGAAGGAGAACUAUCGGAAAUGCUCCUUCCUUUAAAUGUAGCGAGCGUGCAGAAAAGCGGAAAGAAUACUACACAAAAUUAGAACAGAAACACCGGGCUAUGGAAGCAGAGAAACUGCAAAUUGAGGCUAGAAUUAAGGAAGAGCAAGACACUGCUCUUAAGGAAUUCAGAAAAAACUUGAUUGUUAAGGCAAACCCUUUACCUAGCUUUUACGCAAAAGGUCCUCCACCGAAGGCUGAACUAAAGAAGGUGCCUCCUACUCGCGCUAAGUCACCCAAGUUCUCUAGAAGGCAGAGUUUCAGUGAUGCCAAUCCAUUGCAAGGCGAAAAGUAUGGUGGAGCUUGUGACCGGCUCCAUCGGCACGACUUGUGCCCUAUUGUGAAAUCUUCCAAAAGCUUGCCAAACAGUCCCAAGGCUGUUAAAGGCAAAGGUACCAAAACAAAUGAGGGCUCCAAACUCUCCACACUAAGCACAGCAAACUAGAUCACCAACAAUGUCACUGUGCAAACAUAAAGCUUGCUUUCUAAACUUUUCUUUCCUCAAUUAGUUACAUUUCUCAUGUUACACAGUCACAGACAACAGCAUAAUUAUUGGAGAUUAAGAUUUCAUUAAAAAAAUAAGAUUGAGACUUAAUGAUGUGGGGAUUUCUGAAGGUGUUGGGUGCUGUAAAUUAUUUAAGUUGUAUGUGUUCACAGACAUUGAUGUAAUUUAUGUGAAAUUAUUUCA